CUCUCUCUCUCUCUCUCUCUCUCUCUCUCUCUCCUGCUGUCAUUGCUCAACCUGCUUAUCUGAACUGCGCAGGGCUCCAUACACUCAGCACAAGGGGAGGGCCUUGUCUGCUUUCAAUCAAUAACCUCUGGAAUUCAGAAAUACAAGUAGGUCCUGUCUCUGGCAGGCGGUACCACACUCCUGAGGGCGGGCUCCCAGACACUAUUGACACAUUCUCUGCUCGGCAUUCUGUCUUUGACUGACUUCUGUCUGCGUAACGAUGGCCGAUCCCGCGUCGCCAGAUUACUUCAGCUGUUCCCUGUGUAUGAACCUUCUCAGGGACCCAGUGGCGAUCCCCUGUGGCCACAGUUUCUGCAUGGACUGCAUCAGUGGCUACUGGAAUGAGGCAGACUACACAGGGAUUUACAUUUGCCCCCAGUGUAAGAUCACGUUCACCCAGAGGCCUGUGCUACGGCCCAACGCCACCUUAAGCAUGGUGGCUGAAAAGAUCAAGAAGAGCGGCUUGAACCUCAACGCAUCAGUGGGGAACAUCUACGCCGGACCAAGCGAUGUCCCGUGUGACUUCUGCUCUGGGAAGAAGUUAAAGGCUGUGAAGUCCUGUCUCAACUGUCUGGCGUCUUAUUGCGAGAAGCACCUGAAGCCACACUAUGAAUCAGCCACAUUCAAAAGGCACAAGCUUGUGGAUGAGCUGGGAAACCUGGAUCGGAAGAUCUGCCCGCAGCACCAGAAGUCCCUGGAGCUGUUCUGCCGAACAGACCAGAUGUGUAUCUGUGCGAUCUGCACGGUCAGUGAGCACAGGGGCCAUGAUAUCGUCUCCGCUGAGGCAGAGAGGGGCGAGAAGCAGAAACUUUUGGGUGUUUCCCAAGCUGAAAUUAAGCAAAAAUGCCAAGAGAGGGUGAAGGAGCUGGAGGAGCUGAAGACUGCUGUGGAUUCACUGAAAAACUCAGCUCAGAGAGCCAUGGUUGAGAGCCAGAAGAUGUUCGAGGACAUGAUUCGUGCCAUUGAGCGAAUGAGGUCAGAGGUCACCAAGCUGAUCGGCAUCAACGAGAAGGCCGCGUUCAACCAGGCUGAGGCUUUGGUGGAGCGACUGGAGCAAGAGAUCGAUGAACUGAAGAAGAAGGAGUCUGGCCUGAAGCAGCUCUACAGCACCGACGACCACAUCCAUUUUUUACAGAACUUCAACUAUCUUUGCACGCCCACUGAUGACGGCUUCAUACCCAAAGUGACGGUGAACCCUGACUUCUCCUUCAGUGCGGUCAGGAAAGCUGUGGCUGAGAUCAAGGACCGACUGGAGGAGUUUGGCAGAGAGGAACUACUUAAGAUCUCAAAGACAGUGAACGAGGUCCCAGUGUACACUACAGAGACUCGCACCAUAGACAGAAGGAACAGAGUCAAAGAAGUCACUGUGGACAGUCCUGCUCCGUCUCCAGAGCCCAAAAGCAGAGCAGAUUUUAUUAAGUAUUUCUGCCAACUGAAACUGGACCCCAACACGGCCUACAAGGAGCUGCACAUCUCUGACACCAACAGGAAGGUCAUCCGCACCAGGGACCUGCAGCCUUAUCCAGAUAACCCAGAGAGAUUUGACAGCUUUGCCCAGGUACUGUGCCGAGAGGCCCUGUUCGGAGGCCGCUUCUACUGGGAAAUCGAGUGGAGUGGGGAGUUUUCCAUCGGAGUGGCCUACAGAAGCAUCAGCCGGAAAGGCAAAGGCUCGCUCUGCCUGCUGGGCUACAAUGAUAAAUCUUGGAGUCUGCUGUGUUCUGACUCCGGUUACUCUGCUUGGCACAAUCGAGUGGACAGACCCGUUAAUGGACCCCACUCCCCCAGAAUAGGUGUGUACCUGGACCACACUGCCGGGGUACUGGCAUUUUAUAGCAUAGGCAGCAGCAUGACCCUGCUGCACAGGUUUGAGACCACAUUUGUCGAGCCCCUCUAUCCAGGUUUUGGAGUUGGGACCUCAGUCAAGAUCUGCAAUGUCAAAUGAAUUAUGAUUUUACAGCUCUGAUUUGAUAACUGAAAAUUUGGGGA